AUGGCCUUUGCUCACUUCUUUGCUUUAGCACCUGGUGUGCUCAUUGCUGCCUUACGACAUUUGGCUUUGCUCCUUGAUGGAUCCUUCUUUUUGUUUCUUGUGAUUGACAGCAUAAAACGCGAUGAAUGCCGCGCAGCGCUCUGCUCUUCGCUUCGGCCUCUAAUUAGUUAUGUCUCAUUCAGCUACUACCUCUGCUUCUGCUUCCAACGAUCUUACAACUUCGGCCGCUCCUCCUCCUCUUACUUGGCUUCGGCUACUUCACCUUCUUCCGCGUCUGUAAAUACCCCAUCUGCUCCCGCUACCACUCCUACCUCUUCCACUUCACCUGAUUCCGCCUCUGUACAUGUUCCUCUUGAUUCCGUUUCUCAUCCUGAUCCUGUUGCCACUACUUUCGCCUCUGUAAAUAUUCCUCUUGUUUCCGCUACCACUCCUACCUCUGCCACUUCGCCUAUUUCCGCUACUGCUUCCGCUAAUACACCAUCUUCUGAUCCCGCUACACCUGCCACUACCCCUACAAAGCGUAAGCUUGAUGUCACCUCUCUCGCCGAAUCUUCAACAGAUUCUUCCUCCUCUUGCUCUUCCUCCGCAACCAAUACCAACAAGCGCAUUUGCGUCCAAGGUGAUGUUUUGACCACUGCCAGCAAAUUCGUUGAUCCUUGGGAUCUUUUGGAGGGUGAUGAACGGGAUACAUUGGGAGGUAUCCAUGCAACCCAUAAGUGGAAACGAGGGCACAAAGCCAUUAUUGCAAGUUUUGACAAUCGCAUGACCAAGGAUAUCAACAACAAGGCAACUAGUAUCAAAGUUAAAUUCGUCAACAAGAAGGUACUCGAAGUAGAAGGACCCAAGAGAAAGAUGGACCAUGCCUUGACGUUUUUGCAGCAAUUGGUUACGACGAAAACACCAGCAGCAAAACAUACCAAUGUCACUGGCAGAAUAUCUUGCAAAGAGGCACCAUUACAGGCAUCACUCAAAGUCGGCCUCACCUGCAACCGGCGUGCUUACUUUAAUGCAAGCAAACCCCGUCAAGUUCUCGAUGUGGCUCUGGAAGACACCACCAGCGCAGCACACACAGCCAUUGGUAUAGCUUGUACAAACAUGUUGCAGGGAUCAAGUGGUUUCCAUAUGGAGACCACUCCCCACAUCACCAUCAUCAACCGUAAAACUCCAAAGGCGCCGACCACCAAGGAGGAUCAAGAUGUACAGCUAAUCAAUGCGAUCAGCUCAUUUAGCAUUGAUCAUGACUAUUUGGGUCUUUUGACCAUCACAGACAUUCAAGUAACCCGCCAGGUAAUUGACCUCAAAACCAAGGAUUUGAAGCAUUUCCCGAUCUGGCGUAUGGCUUUUGAAUAA